GGUACUUCCCUUCAUUCUCUGACCGUUGACGGCAGUUGAAGCAGACAGGGACUUUUUGGCUUGGUCUCAUUGAGACUCUCAAGAACCUGGUCUGCUCCAUUGUUUGGCUAGGACGCUCAUGCGCUCCCUUCACGCUGUGGGGGCGGCACUGCUGGCGCUGCUGCUUUCGGGCAGCUUGGCGGCCGCUGACGAGACGAACUGCUGGAAGAUCGAUGGCUCGACGUCCCUCGUAACGGCACUGGCUGCCUACUCUGGCUCGGCCUGCGCGGUGGACGUGACGAUCCCGCUGGUGGCCGCGUCCUACGCGCCCAACGAGAGCAUCUCACUGUUGUGGGGUGUGCAGCUCGAGCCUAAGUCGACUAACGCCAUGGACGUUCCCAUGCCGCCGGACACGAUGAUCACACUCAGCUCCGAUAACGCCGGCUCCUACGUACAGAUCCUCUCCACCUACGUACGAACGUGCGCCUCGAGACUGCAGUGCACCCCGAGUAUCUUAGGGGACGAGAUAUUCACAACCGCCCAGUCCGGUAAUUUCUCCAGGUCCGAUGCCACGUAUUUCGAGACACUGGACGAGCUCUCCUUCGCAGAAGAAGGAAAUUACACAGUGGCCGCCGUUGCCGUGCUCGGCAACGCCGACAACGAUAUAUUACUGUACUACUUCCAGACAUUUGCGGAUAUCGUCGUUAAGGAAGACCAAGUCGGGGCUGUAGACUACGACAGCGCCACGACCUAUUGCCGCGUGACAGCGCAGAACCCACUGGAGGAUCGGCUAGACUCGAGCGUGUUACUUGCGAGCAGUGACAGCUCCGAGAUCGAGGUAGCGAUUGAUGCAAACAAUGUUGUGCAGGCCAACCAGGCCUUUGACGUCGUCUGGACGGCCACGCUGACACGUAACUCGUCCAAGGACAUCCAGUUGCCUUCACCCCUGAAGGCCGUCUACGUGUUGGCCGACGAUGACAUGAAAGACAGUGGGUAUUACACAAUCGUGGGCUCGAUCGUGAAGCUGUGCGAGCGCGACAUGGGCUGCGACGAGUAUUCGAGCACAUUCACCGCAUCAUCUGCUGAUUAUUCCGCGAACUUUACGUCGACAGACACUGCGACGUUCAACUCAAGCAGCAUUGUCGUUCCCUCGACAGGCUGGUAUACAGGCUUUGUCCAGGUGACGCUGGCAGGAGCCGACGCAGACGCACAGAGAUACGAUUUUGUUAAAUACUUCGAGAUCUACGCAACCCAGGAGAACAUGUCGAAACAGGUAGAGAGCGAGACGUACGUGGACGAUGGCAGUGAGUCUUACUGCUGGGAAGUUGUAGCAGAUGCCGAAGAUGAGGACGUGGAUGCUACGAGUGUGGUGUUCUCGGGGAACAGCACCAACUGCCCUUACACGGUGAACAUGACCGUGUCCACGACGACUUUUACAGUGGAGGCCGGCGCUCUAGUAAGUUGGACCGUUGCGAAGAAAACCUCUUACACGGACGGAGUAAUGGUGAACACCACCACAGUCUACGACGAGUCCACUGGCCAGUACGUGAAUCUACCACAAGUGAACAUUUACUACUGCAACAACUCAAAUUGCUCGCCGUUCUCGGAGAAGAAGAUGUUGGCGUACUCCGCACAGCCCAUGAACUUUUCAGAGAGGAGUGGCGAGGCUUUGUUUGCAACGAAGAUCAGCAUUCCAAGUGAAGGAUCGUACGCUCUCAUGGCUCAUGCUGUGGUGCCAAAUGGGGACGGGGUGCGGUUCGACGUGGCCUCUUUCAUGAGUAUGACCGUCACUGCCUCCUCAGCCGCCGCCGAUACCAGCGACAGCUCCGAUUCUCACGUCGGUCUCAUUGUUGGGUUGACACUGGGCUGUGCGGCUGUCGUCUGUCUUGCUGUACUGGGAUUCGUAUUUAUUCGCAGCCGACGAGCUGAGGCAACGCAGCAGAAAGAGCGUCGCUACAGCUUCUUCGGCUUCCGACCAAUGUCCAACACCAACGAACUCCCCACAAACUCCCCCAAUUCUGCCCACGGCUCAGACGAGUCAGGCAACUUCAUGUACGUGAAGGCACAGCGAUCGCCCAUGGACAUGCCCCGCGCUUCCUCGUUAUCCUAUGAUCCGUACUCGCGAAGAAGCUUUGUCGAAGCUAACGAAAGCUCUGGCUACAGCUUUACGUUCUCCGACCCGGAGCCUACGUACCCGUCAUCGAACGAGAGGACUUCCCAAACGCAGCUAACAACUGCGACGCCCCAGUUUUGAACGUAAACUUACAUGUGGAUAGCGUUGUCCUGUGUACAAAGAUUAAAAACACGCUAAUAAUGAACGCAAUUAUCAAACCCCUUC